AUGAGAGAGAAUUUCCAUGUUAAAAUAAGAGCUGAGCAAAGGCAGAAAGAGUUCGCAAAAAGGAGAAUUAUCAAAUUACAAGCCACUCCCCAAUACUUCAGAUAGGCAGUUCUCGAGAAUCCAAUUAGUGAAUUGCUAAAGGAUAUUGAUUAACCUGAUUAUUUGUAGUUCAUCUCUUUUUUAAGUUCAGUUGAAGAUUAUUAAUGCAACAAGUACAUGGCAGAUCAAGGGGUUCUGGUAGUCACAAUUGAAAAGACUAUCAGCCUUUUGAAGAAUUAUACAUAGAAUUCAACUUAAGAAGCAAGUCUAAAUUAUUUACUUUCCAUAAUUGGAAAUUUAAUUGAUUUCAUUCAAUUCCCAGAUGAUAAAAUUAGAUUGAUAAUCUAAAGAGCCAUUGAAAUCAGCAAUUAUUCCCUGACAGAAUUUAAACUUACACUAAUUUGGUUGAUCGAUGAAUAUCAUAAGAAGGAAAAAUUGUAAGAAGAUUUCUUAUUUUGUGUAAUAAACUUCUUGUUCAACCAUAUGGGUAGAAAAGACCUUACAUCUGCUGUCUUUGAUACAAUCAUAAAUUUGCAAUGUAAUUAACCAGUGUAUUUGUCAAAGGAGAAUUUGGAUGAAUUAGCAAAACAUAUUGGAGAUGAUGAUAAUUAAACAGUUUAAAAAAGUCUAUUCAUACUAGUCAAUUAUUUAGAGAUUGCAAAGAAAAUAGAAUUGGAUGAAGAUGUUAUAAUAUUAUUAAAUGAACUCUUUAAAAAUAAGGACUACUUGGCCUUAUUAAGACUUUGCAAUAUAUUGUAUCCAAGAAUAUAACUUGAACCUAAGUUAAUCCUGUAGCGAAUGCAAAUGUGCGCAUUUGGACUCAAACUAUAGGAAUAUUUUGCUUUAAUUAAUAAGUUGAUUGCCGACAAUAUAGUAUGUCCUUAAGAAUACUUGAAAUCUUUAUAAAAUAUAGAAAUGGAGAAUUAGUGUGAAAAUAAUAAAUCUAUGAUUUUAUAAUAAAUAUCUUAAUAUCAGGAUUGA